GGCAAAUGACCAACAAUAUCUCCUUUUUUGCAGACCGCCACUGCAUAUUUGUCUAUGUCGUUUGUUGGUUCCAUUUUAGCUUCUAGGACUUCACCAAUAACAGCGUUCCAUUUCUUUUGAUACUCAUGAUAUCCCAUAACGGUUGAGUUACUCUCAUAAUACUUGAUAAGAAUGAUUUCUAUCGGCUGUGUUUCGUUGAUUAUCAUUGAAACAAGAUCCAUUGUAAUUUUCACUUCUUCGUCCUAAUUGUGGUGUGACUGCUUUGUUGUUGUGUUGUUUCGUUUCGUUUUAUAACAUUCGAACGUUUUAAAAGGAUCAUUCAAAAUUCGAACGUUUCCUUUGAUUUUCAAACGUUUCAUCUAAUUUUCGAACGUUUCGAAAGCUCGAUUAAAAAACAAGUGGGUGGAUGUAAACAAACUUUUUAAAGGCUCUUCAAAUCCACAUUAAAGAUGGCAACCGCUCAGACAACUUCAAGGAAGAAAACUGUUCUGACGAUCAAAGAAAAAUAUCUUGCUUUGAAAGAGCUUGAAAAAGAAGGAACAACUAAAAAGUCUAUUGCUAAAAAGUAUGGUGUCCCACCUAACACACUUUCAUACUGGGUUAAGAAUAAAAGUGACAUUUUUACCAAGUAUGAAUCAGGCCAGUAUGGAGUUAAAAGACAAAAGCUUUCUUCCGGAAAAUACGAUAACAUUGAUAAAGCAGUUUACAAGUGGUUCGUUAACGCUCGUGAAAGAACUGUGCCGAUUAGUGGUCAAAUCAUUCAAGAAAAAGCAUUGGAUUUUGCAAAGCAAUUCAACGAACCUGAUUUUAAAGCUUCAGAAGGCUGGCUAGACAGAUGGAAGUACAGACAAAACAUCAUUUACAGAAUUACUUCUGGAGAGGAAAAGUUUUGUACACCAGGGAUGACAGCAAGCUGGGAAGAAACACACCUGCCAACCAUUUUGUCACGCUAUGAUUUACAAGACAUUUUCAAUGCUGAUGAAUUCGGCUUGUUCUACCAGAUGCUUCCAACAAAUACCUAUCAUGCCAAAGGUGAAAGAUGUGCUGGUGGAAAGUUCAGCAAAGUUCGUUUAACAGGACUUGCAGCAGGAAAUGCCCUAGGUGAAAAGUUGUCCAUGUUCGUUAUCGGAAAAUCGGUUACACCGCGCUGUUUCAAAGGAGUCAGAAGUCUUCCCUGUCAGUACAAAGCUCAAAAGAAGGCCUGGAUGGAUUCUGAAAUCUUUACCGAUUAUGUGAAAAAACUCGAUGUUAAAUUUGAAACUGCGGGUCGAAAGAUUGUCUUGAUAAUUGACAAUUGCCCAGCUCAUCCAGAAGUCACUGGUCUUAAAGCAGUAGAAUUAGUUUUUCUACCACCAAAUACAACGUCUAAGACCCAGCCCAUGGAUCAAGGUGUAAUCCGAGCAUUGAAGGCAUAUUACCGGUCAAAUCUUGUGAAACGUCAAAUAAAGUUCAUUGACGGCGGUAAAGACGUUCCUAAAAUUAACAUUCUUAAAGGGAUGCAAAUCUUGGUCAAAUUAUGGGACGCUGUUUCAAAAGACACCGUUAAAAACUGCUUUAAGAAGGCAGGCAUCUCAAAAGAAGCACAGAUCACGAGUCUCAAUGAUGCUGAUGACCCAUUUAAAUCUCUUUCUGACAGCAUAAGCGAGUUGAAAAAAAGAGAAGUUGACGGCGACAUCUUUAACGCAGAUGAUUUUGUGGAUAUUGAUUUUGAGGUAUGCACGAGUAAAUCAAUUUAAUUGACUGAUGAGGAAAUCGUGGAAAUCGUACUUAAUGAGGACAAAGAUCAAAACGCGCCGAAUCUCGAGGAUGACGAUGAUGAUGAAAUUGAGGCACAUGACAUCCCCCCGAAGAAGCCAAAGCAGUCAGAGUUGGAAGAGGCCUUAGAAUUGUUGGAAAGAUGGUCUUUGUUUGACGAGAAUGGUCUUGAAAUCAGAAAGCAGUUAAACAUGAUAACACGUACAUGUCAAAAACACUACAUCGAUAGUAAAAAACAAUGUAGCAUUAGAGAUUUUUUUAAGAGUUGAACUCCUUGUAUUUACUAGAUACAUUUUCUUUAUAACUUUCAUAUUUUAAAACCUGUUAACAAUUUGUUCAAAUUUAUUCUUUCUUCAAAAAGUAAAAAUUCUUUGUGUUUACACGCUCAACUGAACCACAAUGCCUCAAUUACUUAAGAAAAGUCCAUCCCAUUAAGGUUAAGUUGAAAAUCUGGCGGGAAAACGAAUUUUUCAGUUAUUCGAACUCCCGGUUAUUCGAAGUAAAUUCUUAUCCGCCUUGAGGCUUCGAAUAACCGGGAGUCUACUGUAUAUUUAAUACUGCUUGUGGCGCAAAAGAAACGUUUCUUAAAUAAAAACUUGUAAAUUUUUAAAUAAACAACCGGGUUAUUUCCCUGUGAUGUGCAAUCACGUGACAAAAACCGUAGAAUGUUUUUUGCUGAAGCGAGGCAAAAAAUAGAGAACGG